AUGUGUCGAUCCAGAGCUGGUCUCGAGGGUUCGGCCUCGGCCGCCGUCCAGGGCCGCGAGCUGCUGCCCGCUAACGUGAUCCCUCGUCACUACCACCUGACUGUCGAGCCCGACUUUGAGAAGCUGACGUACAACGGCUCUGUCGUCAUCGACCUUGACGUGGCCGAGACCUCCAACUCCAUCUCCCUCCACACUCUCGAGUUGGACAUCCAUGGCGCUAAGCUCUCUUCUGGUGGCCAGGCUGUUAGUGCCACGCCUGCCAUCACCUACGAUGAAGCUACCCAAGUGACCAAGUUCGACCUUGGCGGCUCCCACACCCUCACCAAGGACACCAAGGUGCAGCUGGAAAUCGAAUUCACCGGCCAGCUCAACGACAAGAUGGCGGGCUUCUACCGCUCUACAUACAAGAGGCCAGAUGGUACCGAGGGUAUCUUGGCCAGCACCCAGAUGGAGCCCACCGACGCCCGCAGAGCAUUCCCCUGCUUUGACGAGCCGGCUCUCAAGGCCAAGUUCACCGUCACGCUCGUUGCUGACAAGAACUUGACCUGCUUGAGCAACAUGGACGUUGCCUCCGAAACUGAAUUCCAGUCCAAGAUUACCGGUGGAACCAGAAAGGCUGUUCACUUCAACCCCUCACCUCUCAUGUCCACCUAUCUCGUCGCCUUCGUUGUCGGCGAGCUCAACUACAUUGAGUCGCGAGACUUCCGAGUCCCCGUCCGAGUCUAUGCUCCUCCCGGCCAGGAUAUCGAGCACGGACGCUUCUCCGUCGACCUCGCCGCCAAGACUCUUGCUUUCUACGAAAAGGCCUUCGGUGUCGACUUCCCCCUGCCCAAGAUGGAUCAAGUCGCCAUUCCCGACUUUGCUCAGGGAGCCAUGGAGAACUGGGGUCUGGUCACUUAUCGAGUUGUCGAUUUAAUGCUGGACGAGAAGGCGAGCGGCGCCGCCACCAAGCAGCGCGUGGCUGAGGUUGUUCAGCACGAGCUGGCACACCAGUGGUUCGGUAACUUGGUCACCAUGGACUGGUGGGAGGGCCUCUGGCUCAACGAAGGCUUCGCUACCUGGGCUUCGUGGUAUUCCUGCAACAUCUUUUACCCGGAGUGGCGCGUUUGGCAAACAUAUGUCACAGACGAUUUGCAGUCUGCCCUGUCGCUCGACUCCCUCCGAAGCAGCCACCCGAUUGAGGUGCCUGUCAAGCGUGCUGACGAGAUCAACCAAAUUUUCGAUGCCAUUUCCUACUCCAAGGGAUCCUGUGUGCUCCGUAUGAUCUCCACAUACCUUGGAGAGGACAAGUUCUUGGAGGGUGUCCGCAAGUACUUGAACAAGUACGCCUAUGGAAACACUCAGACCAGCGACCUAUGGGACUCGUUGGCUGAGGUUAGCGGCAAGCCUGUCCACGAAGUCAUGACUGCUUGGACCAAGAAGGUCGGAUACCCAGUCCUCACUGUCACCGAGAAGGAAGGCGAGAGCUCUAUUCAUGUUAAGCAGAACCGCUUCCUCCGUACCGGCGACGUGAAGCCUGAGGAAGACACCACCCUCUACCCUGUCUUUUUGGGCCUCAAGACCAAGGAUGGUGUUGAUGAGACCAUUGCUUUGAAGGAGCGAGAGCAAGAAUUCAAGCUGCCCAGCACCGACUUUUUCAAGCUCAAUGCCAACCACACUGGAAUCUACCGAACACUCUACUCGCCUAGCCGCUUGGAGAAGCUGGGCAAGGCCGCAAAGGAAGGUCUUUUGUCCACGGAGGACAGGACCGGCAUGAUUGCAGAUGCUGCCGCGCUCUCCAGCUCCGGUUACGGAAAGACGUCUGGCGUCCUUAACCUUCUCAAGGGAUUUGACGCUGAGACGGAGUUUGUCGUGUGGAACGAGAUCAUUUCUCGAAUUGGAUCGAUUCAAGCUGCCUGGUUAUUUGAAGACCAAGCUGUUCGAGACGGUGUCCGGGCAUUCUUGAGAGAGAUUGUCAGCUCAAAGGCCCAUGAGCUUGGAUGGGAGUUUUCCGACUCGGACGGUCAUGUUGAGCAGCAGUUCAAGGCUACACUCUUUGGCAGCGCUGGCUUGAGCGGCGACGAGAAAAUUAUUUCAGCCUCCAAGGAAAUGUUUGCCAAGUUCAUGGCUGGCGAUAAGUCGGCGAUUCACCCCAACAUUCGCAAGAGCGUCUUUGCAAUUGCCCUCAAGUUUGGCGGCAAGGAAGAAUAUGACCAGAUCAUUGGGCUGUACCAUUCCUCGACCAACAGCGAUGAGCGCAACACCUGUCUCCGAUCUCUGGGCCGAGCCAAGGACCCCGAGCUUAUCAAGAGGACCCUGGCCCUGUUGUUGAACGGCGAGGUCAAGGACCAAGACAUUUACAUGCCUGCUGCCGGCCUGCGCACCCACCCCGAGGGUAUCGAAGCCCUGUUUACUUGGAUGACGGAGAACUGGGAGGAGCUCUACAAGCGACACCCGCCUACCCUGCCUAUGCUCAGCUCUAUGGUGUCGCUGCUGACAUCCGGCUUCACCAAGCCAGAGCAGCUGGCCCGUGUUGAGAAAUUCUUUAGCGGCAAAAACAACAACGGCUACGACCAGUCGCUUGCACAGAGCAAGGACGCUAUCCGAUCCAAGAUUUCCUGGUUGGAGAGAGACCGCCAGGACGUGGCAGAUUGGGUCAAGACCAAUGGAUAUUCGAAGUAG